GCCGCUCAAUCAAAAUGGACUUUAAAAUUAUAGCGUUGGUGGUGCUGAUAUCUGUGGUUUAUGUCUCCGAAGCGAAACCAUAUGAAGAAUUCCGUAAGUUGCUUUGUCUUUUUAAAAGAAUCAUCUUUUAGUCCAAGUUUAAGUCGUGAAGUACCAACAGUAUCUAAAAUCUCUUUAUUCCACGAUGCAUCAUCUGUCAAAAACGUUUUCAGAACGAACUUAAAAUUACCUGUCAACUCUAGUAAAUCUCACACUCAACCAGUAGUUUGAAAUUGACGAAAGUAGGAAAGAAAGUUUAUGUAAAAUCAGAAAUUGGUAUUUGUAAAAUCUUCAAUAUUUUGGUAACACUAUAAUAACGAGCAAAGAUGCUCCCAUUUCCCUAUGAAGUUCCAUAAGUUAUAUUGAUUGCCAUAAUUGACAAAGACACCUGUUUGUAGUAAGCAUCGUAGAGAAAGCAUUUUCAACUUUUCAUUCACAGAGAUAACUAUAUUAAAGUGAUCAGACUUUUCCCUCUAUGUUCCCGUUAGUUUCUAACUGCGAGAACAGUCUUCCUCAUAAAAAGUGUCGCCAAAAUCCGCAAAAGAAGAAAGCUGCUUUCGAAUCAAACUUACUUUUCUCUUUUGCUCCACUUAUACUUACGCUGGGUUUUUGAGUCAAUCCGGGGGAGAAAUCAUUAUAUCUUUGUUCAUAAAAAUUUAGUUCUAUACCAUAAAACUAAUAAAAUUUUAUUGCAUUUUUUCAGUCAACAAGGUCUUAAGAAGUAAUCCACUGCCUUGUUCUCGGUCCUGUUGUGAAAAGUGUUGCACAAACGUUUGCAGAAGAGACUGUAUAUUUUCGUGUUGUGCAGCCCGUCCACUUGGCCCAUACCCACCUCCCCCUGCACCGCCUCCCCCAUACCCAGCCCCAACACCACAGCUCAUCCCCGGACCGCCAGGAUUCGCAGGAAUUUGUGGAUUGCCAGGACCUCAUGGACCUAGAGGAUGCCCCGGCUGCGUUGGACCACCAGGACCACCCGGACCUCCGGGACCCCCGGGACGCUAAGUACCUAAUAGAGAAGUUGUAAACUCUACCAAGAACAACCAAAGUGAUUGAAUAGCGUUGGGAAUCACAGUCUCGAUCUUUUCGAGAAAACAAACUCGUUUCGUCGUUCCUUUCUGGGUUAUAACGCUACUUCAUUUCCACAAUUUAUAAUCAUCACGCCGCAUCAGUUUUUUGCAUUCUAUUAGUUCCUUCUGGUGUUGUGGCGGACACCUGGUUGUCUACUUUAGAGAAGGUGCUCCUUGUCAAGAAUCACUUUUUAUUAAUCUUUUUCCUGAUUUUUUGAAGCAAUAUCGCUGACAUCGUUCUUAUAUAUUAAGAGAAACUCAAUAAAAUUUUGAAAUUCCUUUUACUGCUAUAAUGUUUGUUCACUUCUUUUCAUUUGUUGUUCUUUGCUAUUUUGUUUCAAACCACGCAAUCAGGCACUCAUGAGAGUAAAUUUUAUGGGAACACUGGGAAUUUGCAAUGUUUUUUUUUGCCGUUGUCCUUAAAAAGUACAUGAGAUCCCUUAUAAUGAUGAUGAGACCAAACUCCCCAAACAGCUCGCAAAUCAUAAAAUAGGUAGAACAAAGCGGUAUUAAGUUAAAGAGAGAGUACCGUGAUCAAUAUUAUUUUGAAGAAUAUAUAUAGUUAUAGUUUUGUCAUUUCCCUACGACACAAUUUUUGUCAUCCCCAAGAUAUCGAAUAUUUGCACGAAGAUAAGUGUUCAAAACAAAACAGCUCACAACCAACUUUUGGCAGCGGUCAAUUUCUUCAAUAAAGAGACAAUUUCACCUGUCUCGGUCAAGUUUAUCCAGUCCGUCAAAUUAAAGUGAAAGCUUACGUUUACAUUGUUAUUUAACCUGAUUAAAAUCAAAUUGACAUAACCAACUGAGAGGGGGCAGGUAAGGGAUUAGAUAAAAUAUAUGAUCAACGCAGACUAAUGCACUGCUACGUGCACAUCUGAACUUUCCCCGAGUUCAUCGGUUUGGAUCACUCAACCUCAGACAGAAACUUUGACGUGUCUGUCAAGUGCCUGAAACAACAUCUACAUGCAUCAUAGAUGCAAGCAAAUAACAGUGAAGCUGUGCAUCAGUUCUUUUAUAUAACAAACUUUCAAAAGGCUCAUACCAACAUCUCAUUCCCUUACACGUGUUGCCGUUAUAUUACUUAUGCCCUGAGAAAAAAAUAUUGCUUCAAUCUGAAUCUCAUCGCUGUCUCGUUGAAUACACCUCAACCUUUCUCAACGGAAUCAAAAUGAAAAUUUAUCAAAAAUACCAUGAAAUACCUGCCAUUUAUCAAAAUUUUGUUUACAACUUUCACUUCAAAAACCUGCUGCACAAGAAUGUAAUCAAAACACGUAACAAUAGAAAAAAUUGAUAACUCACCGCCGAUUUAACUCAUUAAAUAGUAAUAGAGGACAUCUUUGAAAGUUGCUUGCCUCUUCGUGAUCGUUGGAUAAUAGUGUCAGGUAAGACGUGACAUUCUUCUCUAAACAGAAAUAUGAUUAAGAGUGUUUAUUCUCAAAAGAAUAUGAAAUUCAUCGGAAAAAAAAUACAACUACCAAGAUACCAAAUUUAAAUUUGGCAAAUGAUAUUAUUCAAAAUAUACAAAUAGCUUUAUGAUCAGUGGGGCUCAUUAAAAUCGGUAGUUGGCACUGAAAGGAUGAUUUCUCAUGGGUGCAUCUAACGAAUCCUAGUUUCCUUUUGUUACAGAACAAAUCAUGGAUUAUCGGUUGGCUGUACUAUUCACCCUGGGGCUGGCUUACACCGCCUCGUCGAUGCACAGUAAGUACAAAUAUAGUUUGGUAUAGAUCUUAUCACCAAACCCAAAAACCAAACCAGUAACUUUAAUUGAUAGAAUAACAAGAAAAAAUAAGCUAGAAACUUAGAUUUAAAUAAUGAGAUGGCGUGGAAGCCCAAUGUAAAUCUCUCGGACUUGCUUUGAGCGUACUCGGUAUUACCUAAAUUCUUCGAUGAUUUUUUUUCCAUCUUCAAAAAGUUCUAUCUAUACAACAGGGCUACAACCAACACAAUGAAUUGCCUUGAGAUAGCGGUUUCAGAGAAUAUUUAUCGCUCACUCCCUCUAGGAAAGUUUGCGUUCUGAGGUCCAGGCACACAAGAGCCUCGAAUUCUCAAGAGCCAUUAGCAUGACCGAGCUCGCAUAUAUCCACAAUUUUGACGGCUGGCUCAUCAAAAACCUAACCAAAUCUAUUCCUUUUAUAAAGCAAUUGGAUGGCGAAGGUACUAACUGACUGACUGACUGACUGACUGACUGACUGACUGACUGACUCGCUGACUAACUGGCAUCUUCCUUAAAACACCUUACUAACUAACCGAUUGACUGAAUGAAAAAUUAAUCAUCUCACCUAUUGACUGACCGACUGACUGACUGACUGACUGACAGAAUGGAAGUCGAACUGUAAAACGACCCUAGAUAUUAUAGCAUUCGAAAGUGUAUGAGCUAAAUGGAAUGAAAUGCUUGUUUCAUAGCAAAGCGUGCAGCCUUCCCAUGCGGAGCUGGCUGUCUUCCGCAGUGUGCCCCAAACUGCCUUGUAGACUGCUGCGGCAGUCCUCCACCAGCACCACCCGACCCACCUCUCCCAGCUGUGUCAGACAUGAUGAAGCCUCAGCCAGCACCUAUCGUUGGACCACAGGGACAUCCUGGGUCACAGGGUUCCCCAGGAGUGAUGGGACCUGUAGGACCCCCAGGAAUUGGCGGAGUCCCCGGACCUCCGGGACCACCCGGACCACCAGGACCUCCUGCACCCCCUGCUCCACCUGCUCCUGCGUGUUGUGCAGUGCCGCCCCCAGGGAAGUAAAUCUGUUUUGGAAUCGUGUAUAACCAUCACAACUCUUUUUUAUUCUAUGUACCAGCUUACCGACUUGAUAAGACUUGCAAGAAUUGUUGUUUCGCUUUUGAAGUAAUGUAACGAAGGUUAUGCAUUCCAUUUUGUUUAUCUUUUACGUCCACUUCUAAUAUUUACAGCAUUGACAAGAACACUAUUAAUAAAGGUUAUAUUUAUGAUGGUAAUGUUAUAAGAUUAUCAUUAGUUUUAAUAAGUUCUUUUUAUCGCAUUAGUAUAAUGUUGUUUUGCAAGAGAGGUGCUGCACACUACUAAAGUGAAGUUAGUAGUAUGAAAGAGAAUUCGAAAAGGGAAAAUUUACUAACAAGUAUAAUUAACAUUAUCUUGUAACAUUGACUCGUGCGAGGGAUUUGCACUAAAUUGAUGUAACAAGAGCCAAUAAAACGAUUUAACAAAUAAAUCAUAGUAGCCUUCAUUAUCGCUUUGUCUUUUGCGAUUUGAAUGCUUUCCUUUAGUUUUCACAGCAAACUCUUUUAGCGUUUUGGUACGUCCCAUUAACUCAAAAAAUUAAAUUUGGCAGUAUAUGCUGGUCGAGAAUUGCAUGAUAUUUUCUCUUUUAAUAGACUUUGAGUAUUUUGGUAUCACCUAUAACAUGUCAGGUUUGUUAAAUCCUCAACGUUAGGAAAGAGCUUCCUCAGGCUCUUCGCUGCCCAGCCACUUAUGCAGUUUUUAUGCGGAAAUUCUAUAGUCUACCGCUUUCACCCUCAAAUACUGAUUGACGUAGCGUGAUAGAUCUUUUCGUGUCCUUAAACCGCGCGCGCUUAAAAAUUUGUCACGCUGCAUCUUAUGAAGUUAUCCUACUUACUUCACGUGUCACAAAAACUACCAGUCGUUCUGCUCAACUACAAAACGCACUCGCUCAACUCAAGCGAAGAUCAAAAACGACAGCAGUAGAAUUAAGACACCUGCAAUAAACUAAAACUGUGUUCACCAGUCGUUCCGCUUCAGUGUUUUUAUUGUGAAGCAGUUCGCAUAAAAUGCGCCCACAAUCAAUAUGCCACCUUCAGUUCAUUAGGGCAACUGCGCUUUAGCUUUGCGCGUAUUUCCCUUUUCAUGAAGAAUGCAAAUAAAAUCAAGGCAAGAAGAGACUCGCAAUCGGCCCCGUUUCCUACUACAACUCAAGUUGUUCCACUCCUGCGCAUGAGCGCGUUGUCAGGUCGUCUGAUAAACGUAAGCUCUCAAAUAUGUUUUGAAUUACGUGCUUGAGAGGUUGAGAUCACAUAAUAAAAUCAUUGAACAACAGAGCGUUAAGCAGUUUGUUUUGAAGGAGGGACUAGAAGGUAGGUCCGUUCAUCGUUUGAAGCCGUGAACAUAUCUAUAUAUGACUAAUAGAGUAGUUAAGCUGGAAAGGUAUCAAAUGAAAGCAGACCACGGAAGACCGUUUACGUAAAAGGCAGAGCCGUCACAUCAUUGACAAAAGAAAAUUUAAGAGUACGGGUCAAUAAUUCUGUCGAACAUUCGUUUAAUUCAUUUACAUUAAAUUUCAAUUUUGUUUUUGUUUACUUGAGACUAAACAUGGAUAUCCGGAUUCUGCUGUUGAUUGCCAUUGGACUGGUACUGUGUGCCGCUGAUCCAAUCAAGAGUAAGUAAAAAUGCUUAUCAGCACAUCUUAUUUCCUUCUCCAUAGCAAAGCCCUUUCGACUCUAAAGAGAGUGUAUCUUUUAUUAAAUGGUUUAGCCGUAAAAUUUAAAAGAAAAUCUAGAACGACAAACCCACCCUGAUGAAUUUUGCUUACUAUUUGUGCGUAAGAAGUGGGUAUAAUUAUAUCUACACAAGGCCUUUCUAAAAUCCAAAGAUAUCACUACAUCUGUUUUGAUAACCUGCAUUUAGACAAUUUUGCAAAAUUCCAAGAGAUAGAGUCUUGAGGCAGCUAUUACAAUUUUUUUUCCGCCAAAAUGACAAUUGUCCCCAAAAUUCAGGUUGCUACUAGAAAACCUCAUACUCAGAUUUGUGCAGUGUUUGGUGGAAAAUGUAACUAAAGGUUUUCCGAUUAAAGAGAAUGAGUGACUGCCGUUUAGUCAAUUUGAAUUGGGCAAAGAAUGCUUAAAAUAAGCAAUAUAAAUGUAGUCGUAAUAUGUGGCCUCGUAGUUCCUUUGAAGGCAUCAGUGAAGAUUGACAGUGUUUUGAUUGCUUUUCCAAUUACUGGACCAUUUUCUUCCUCGCUCUUCUGCUAUUAUUUCUAACCCUCCACUGUUUUCUCGUGAAAAUUAUUUUUCUUUUAACAACAGAAAUAUGCUACAAAUGGAAAAAUCUGAAUAUGUCACUUGUUGUUAUAUCCAAGAAAUAUCUCUUUGAUUAGGCGAAAAGGCGCACACAAAACCUCUGGAUGUAAGGAACAAAGUCACCUAUGAUCUAAGAUGGCGGGAUUAAGACCGGAUCAAGAGGAACUUGAAUAAUUAUCUAGAACUACCUCGAAAUGAUGAACUAGCUACUUCCUUUACAAUCUCAACAUAUCAUGCAGAAAACAUAAAAUGAAAGCUGACAAACUUAAAAACCGCGAGCAAGGAGGGUUGUCUUGAUGAGACAAUAAAUUUAAUGACAGCUGGUGAGAUCUUGAGAAUUCAAAGUAGUUAGAAAGCUAAACGUUGAUUUUGCUUGACAUUUCAGCCAAAAGGGAUGCGCAAUACAAUUACAUGUAUCCUGGUUCCGAAGGAUCCCAAGGCCCCCAAGGCCCUAUUGGUAACGCGGGAAGACGAGGACCAACCGGAGAUCCCGGACCACCCGGACCACCCGGACCUCCUGGACCACCCGGACCACCCGCUCCACCAGGCCCCGCCGGAAGAAGAUAG